AUGCCUAACCCCCUCAAGGCAAUACAUGCAAGUUUCAACCUCCUGACCUGGGCGCUGGACCACGACCAAGUCCCAAAUGAUAUCCGUCGCAGUCUCGAGCUCGUUCGAACAUGCGACUCAGAUCUUCAAUAUCUCAUAGAACUACGUCACGAAUGCCUCCAUCUUCUUCAGCGCCGCCCAAAGGUUCUUGCCCGCGUACACAACAUUAUCGAAUCAGCUCAAAGAGGACUUCAAGAAGUCUGCGAGAUUGUCGAGAGGUGUCGCCCGGAGGCCGACAGAGGUGGAAAGACCACCUUUUCGAAACGCAUGGCAUGGGUGCUUGUAGAUGCGAGUGAGUUCAAGAGCCAGGAGCCUAUUGUUAGUCGACAUCAUGCCGCUGUGCUUGCUGAGUUGAACUUUUUGAGACAGAUAGCUCUUUUGGCUCCUGUUCCUGAACCCGUGAAAGUUAAGGAGAAGUGUGGUGUAAGAGAUGAAGCCACAGUGUUUGAUAAUGUCGCGCUGCUAGGGGAUCUUCUUGGUGAUGUAACGGGCAAGUUGAAGAUUCCCAUCAUAUAUAUUCAUCGAUACAAUGAUCUAAUACCAGGAAACCACCAAUUGCUCAAUCUAUUGAUCCUCCAACUCCAACCAUAG